CAGCACAACAGUCAAGAUGAAUAUUUUCAGACUCGCAGGGGAUAUGUCCCAUUUGUUAGCAAUUUUAAUAUUGCUACUGAAAAUGUGGAAAACGAGAUCCGUCGCAGGUAUCUCCGGGAAAAGCCAGAUCCUUUUUGCGUUGGUCUUUGUAACUCGGUACCUUGAUCUGUUUACUUCAUUCAUCUCUGUAUAUAAUACAUGCAUGAAGCUGUUUUUCAUCGUGUCCUCCUUCCUGACUGUGUAUCUGAUGUACUUCAAGUUCAAGGCCACAUAUGACAGUAACCAUGACACUUUUCGCAUUUUGUUUUUAAUUGCACCUGUUGGAGGCUUGGCCUUUCUUGUCAACCAUGAAUUUUCACCUAUGGAGAUCCUGUGGACAUUCUCCAUCUACCUUGAAUCUGUUGCCAUCUUGCCCCAACUCUUUAUGGUCAGUAAGACAGGUGAGGCUGAGACCAUAACCAGCCACUAUCUAUUUGCCUUGGGGUCCUACAGAGGUCUCUACCUGUUUAACUGGCUGUACCGAUACUACUUUGAUGGAUUCUUCGACUUGAUUGCUGUGGUAGCAGGAGUUGUACAGACCAUUCUUUAUUGUGAUUUCUUCUAUUUGUAUAUCACCAAGGGCAAAGGAUCACUACUGUUUACAAAUAACGAGAUUGUUUUCAAGGAUGCCCCAUUGCUGGAAGUUUAAAGUAAUGAGAGGCAAGAAAAUAUCUCUACCAGCUUAAGCACCAUAGGACAAUUUCAAGGAAAGCAGCAGUUUUAAACUCUGGGGGAUAUGGAUUAUAAGCUGUUUCGAUACUGCUCAGUGACUUGGCUACACCAUACCAUAUUAUGCAGAUAAACUUCAAAUUCUGACACGAUUAGAGUGAGUGCAUAUACCAUCAGAGAAUAUGAACACAAAUUAUAUGGUGUGUGUGUAUAUAGUACAUAGCAGAUAUCAAGUUAUUUUCUUGGACCAGGUUAUUUAUUGAAUAUUUGAAAUGGUACAAAAGAAUUUUCAGGAAGCUGGUAUGAUUUUUUCUAUUUGUAACCAGUAGCAUUUUUGUGGUCUUGUUGUUCAUAUUAUGUUGGACACAGGAUGGCCUUUGUAAAGUGAGGACGUGUGAACAGACUUUGGAUGUGUUUGGUGCUGCUGUAUUGGAUUGGGUGACUUUAUGAAAAUUUUGUUUGCGUUAUCCUAGUUAGUGAUGCUUAUUAGAACUCUUGUGACAAUAAAACUGUAAUUAAGCACAUAUGUGUCUGUAUAGACAUUUUCAUGUUUAUCUCUUAUGUAACAUGGAGUGUCUUGAAAAAAAAAACUGUCUAAAAAUGAUUAAAGAUGUAGUCAUAGUUAAAAUAAUUCCAACUAGGUGAAAAUUAUGGUGGAAAACCUAGUAUUUCAGAUAUUCUGACUUGUGCCAUAAAAAGUAGUUGUCCUUUUUAUUGGCAUUAUAGUUUAAUAUUCAGUUAGAGGUUUUUAGGUUUAUUUUGAUGUUAAUUAGAUUUUUAAGUCUAGUCAAUUUCCUUUUUUUCCCUUCAUCUUUUAUUGUAUCAAGACCAAAACAACAAAAAAACCUAAAAAAACCAUAAAAACAAAGAAAAAAAUUCCCAAAAUUGAAGAUCCAUACGGGAUAUUUAUUUCAGUCUCAAAACACGAAUUACAGAUUUAAUAUAUACAUGUAUUAGAAUAUUCAGCUUGCAAUUUAUACUGAUUGUACAUAAACAUUGGUGUAGAAUAAGUGUAAUCUUGUUAUGUUUCAGAGGAUGAGAUUGUGUACAGUGUAUGUUCGAAAAAAUGAUAUGCAUGAAUGAUUACAAGUACAAUUAAUUGUAUUUCCACGUAUAUCGAAGACAGAAAAAUUCAGAACUCCAGUCUUGAGAUUUUUACAUUUGUUGCCUCAGUUAUUGGUAUUUUUUUUUGAAUAAAUACUUAUAAGUAUUCUAUAAAAAUAACAAUGAUUUAUUCCAUGGCAUAUUAGUUAAGAGCAUUCAAAGCAGCUGGUAAGGAAAUUAUAAUAAGUGGGUGCAAUUUAUAUACAUGAUGUGUACUUGUAUGAAAUGAGAGGCUUGCUGUGUGAGUGGUUGGCGAGAGAAUGGAGAAUCAUGGUCAUGUAAAUUAUUUUCAGUUUUUAUGAAGUUCUCUGAUUUAAGAUCACAUUUUGUUUCCCCACUAAGGCAAUGUUAUUUUAUUGUUGAUGUUGAUCAUUCUUCUCAUGAAAAUUUUAAUCUGGGGUAUACUUACAGUCCUAUUGUUAAAUCAGAAGAGAUCUAGAUAUAUUUACUAUCAUUUUAGUGUUUGGACUUUAUGCCUGAUAUUUUCUUGGUUCAUUCACUGAACAUACAAAUCAGAAUUCAUAUUUGUCUUGAUCAAAGAUAUAUAAUUAAUCAUUCAUUCAAUAUAUUGCCUUCUUUUAUGUUUUUAGAUAUAUCUAGUAGUCCCAAUGAAAUUGUGAAAGGUAAACUUGGGACCAAAAUCUUUUAAACGUAUGAGAAAAAAUAAUAACAUGCUACUGUUACAAAAUUUGAAUACUUCAUAUAAAACCAAGUACAUCUUUGACAAUAGUGAAUAUGUUGCGUAAAUGAUGAAAGUUUUUCAGUCCUAGUAAUCAGUAUGAAAUUUAAAUACUGUAUAACAGGUUUGUUUCGUCGCUCACAAAUUUGCCAUCCAGUGUUAAAAAAAGAAUAUGUAAUUUCAUCAGGGACAUACUUAAAUCAUUGAACAGCAGGAACUAAAGAUAUAUAAUGUAGCUCUUUCUCAAUUAGAAUUGGAUAGCUCCGUAUUUGCCUCGCAAUCCUAUGUUGACAAUUAGACUGAAGAAAAACCCUGUUAUACAGUAUAACUUUAACCUUUUUGCAUGCUCUGUUGUAUAAGCUUUUAUAACCCUGCAUUGUCAUCUGUAUGAUUAUCAGCACAAUAUUCAUUUAUUCUUUGUUGUUUUUGAUUGCCUACUCAUUUGUACAAUAUUUGAGUAACAAGUUGUAGUUGUAUCAGACAACGGAUGGUUCUGCUAUGUGAAAGCAAAUAAAGUGUACACAUGAGUUCUGUACAGUAAAUAAAUAACAUUUUGCAUACA